GAAAACCGCCGGCUGCCUUGCAAAACAGCCAACCUCACAGCUCACAGUCACACUAGCGUUGUCCUCUCGCGGAAGCAAAGGCCUGCUGGGGUGCGCGUGUCCGUCCGUGUGCGCGGGCGCGCCACAGCCAUGACGAACCAGGACGUGGUGGUCCCGGACAUGGGCAUUGCGGCGGCUGCGGCCUUGCCGCCCCCCGGCCUCUUCGCGUGCCGCGGCGUCGCGGGGGCCGUGUCGUCGCUGCGGGGCACGUACGGCAGCCUUGGCCUCCCCGGCGGCGCCGCCGCCGACGGUGGCGAGUUCCGUUCCCCCGUGGCGGCGGCGGCGAAUGCGCCGCCGGGUCGGACCAGCUGCACCAGCCGGGUCGUCGAGGCCAUCCGCGCGUCGUCGCCCGCCCGCUGCCCCGCCGUCGACGAGUACGACGCGUGGACGAGGAAGCACCCGUCGGCGCUGGGCAGCUUCGACCAGAUCGCGGCGGCGGCUAAGGGGAAGAGGGUCGUCAUGUUCAUGGACUACGACGGCACGCUCUCCCCGAUCGUCGCCGACCCCGACAUGGCGUUCAUGACCCCCGAGAUGAGGGCGGCGGUGCGCAACGUCGCGAAGCGCUUCCCGACGGCGAUCGUGACCGGCCGGUGCAUCGAGAAGGUCUGCAGUUUCGUCGGCCUGCCGGAGCUCUACUACGCCGGAAGCCACGGGAUGGACAUCAAAGGCCCAAACUCCAAGGAGGACAAGACGGUCCUGCUGCUGCAACCAGCUCGCGAGUUCCUGCCGGUGAUCGACAAGGCUUACAAGGCUCUGGUGGAGAAGACGAAGGACACGACGGGGGCCAGGGUGGAGAACAACAAGUUCUGCCUCUCCGUGCACUUCAGAUGCGUCGACGAAAAGAGCUGGAGCUCAUUGGCUGAGAAGGUCAAGGCCGUGCUCCGGGACUUCCCCGAGCUGGAGCUCACCGAGGGCAGGAAAGUCGUGGAGGUCCGGCCGUCGAUCAUGUGGGACAAGGGCAAGGCCGUUGAGUUCUUGCUCAGGUCGCUCGGAUUCGACGACGACCGCACCAACGUCCUGCCGGUGUACAUCGGGGACGACCGGACCGACGAGGAUGCUUUCAAGGUGUUGAGGGAGAGAGGUCAAGGGAUAGGGAUCCUUGUUUCGAAAUGCCCCAAGGAGACUGAUGCCACCUACUCUCUCCAAGAUCCCACUGAGGUCAUGGAGUUCUUGGUCCGUCUGGGGCAGUGGAAUCCACUGCGAUCACCAUCGCCGGCGGCGCGCCCAAGGGGGCGAAAGCAGUAACAGACGACGACAACAACAGAUCGCUAAGCGUGUUUAAUUUAAUUAUAGUUAGUUAGUUAGUUUAUUAAUUGUUGCACUACUCUAGGAGUAAUAACCCUCCUCGACGAUCUACAUACAUUACCCCAUCGUCUCAGCUCAGCUCCCGGCCCCAGAUGUGAACUCUGGCCGGCCAACCUGCUGAUUGUGUUCGAUCAGACGUUCUUCCAUAUGGGUUUUAGAGGCACAGGCAGGCAUCCAUGUGCAAAGCUGCCUGCCGCCUUUGAUUAGCUUAACCCAGGAAGGUUCAUCUGCUGUAUGAGUUGUGUAGUGACUACCUAGCUAUGACCUUAGCAGCUUAAUUAUUAGCCCGUCUACUGUAAAAUGUAACAUAUAAGCAACUGGCAGAAUUUUAAUAUGCACUUCCUUUGCUCUGAGGACCCAACCUCAUUGCAUGUGCUGUGUUG